AUGGACGACACAAUGACGGCACAAAAGACCGAGUCGGCGGACAAUAAGAAGCUGCUGUUCGAGUGCAAUAUAUGUCUCGAUACGGUAUCGUGUCCAGUAGUGACGCUCUGUGGCCACCUCUACUGUUGGCCGUGUCUGUAUCAGUGGAUGCACAACCAUUCCGAGUGUCCCGUGUGCAAGGCCGGCAUCAGCGAAGAGAACGUGAUUCCUGUGUACGCAAGAGGCGCCGAAGCUGUCGACUCAGAAACACAUCAUCAAAUGUUUGACAGUGGCGUUCCCCGUCGUCCUCGAGGACAGCGACCAGAUGCUGAGCAGCUUCGACGACGACGGCCGUUCAAUUUUGGCAUCUUUACUGGAUACGGACAAGGGACUCCAUUCGCCGGAUCACCUUCCCUCGGUUUCUCCGCGGCAUCAUUCGGCAUUCCCUACCAACCACCAGCACCUGGCGCGCAUGAUCAAGAUGGCAGGCCCCUGACGCCACAGGAGGCGCGCCAGCAGACGCAACAGGCGUUUUUAUCCCGACUCCUUUUGCUUGUUGGUAUCCUUGUGAUCCUCUGUGUCAUCACAUUCUAG